AUGUCUGGUAUCGCAAACCCAAAAGUGAGUGGGCGCGGGUUGGCUCGAUUCGAAUUCUUGAAAACACCUCCUUCAGGCGGCAGCAGCAAGCUCAUACAAAAAGUGAACAGAAAACCCCACUUCACUAAAGCAACAACAAUGGGUGAGGAGGAUAUCGAAAAGCCUAGUAAGAGGAAAAGAAAUGGUGCCGAAGCCAAACCAGAGAAGCAGUGUCAACGUUCAGCGAAAGAACAAGAAGUAGCUGACAUUGAAGACAUGUUCUCUGAUAAAGAAACCCAGAUAAUCAGAGCCUCAUUGCUUGACUGGUACGACCACAACCAAAGAGACCUUCCUUGGAGAAGAAUAACACAAACAAAAGAAAACCUAUUCAUAGAAGAAGAAGAAGAAGAAGAAGAAGGAGAAAGGAGGGCUUAUGGGGUGUGGGUAUCUGAAGUUAUGCUGCAGCAGACCAGAGUUCAGACUGUGAUUGAUUACUACAAUCGUUGGAUGUUAAAAUGGCCCACUCCGCACCAUCUGGCACAGGCUUCUCUUGAGGAAGUGAAUGAGAUGUGGGCUGGUUUAGGGUAUUAUAGGCGAGCCCGGUUUCUGUUGGAGGGAGCCAAGAUGAUUGUAGCUGGGAGAGAUGGAUUUCCUAAAAAGUUUCUUCCCUGCGGAAGUGGAAGUUUUCAAGAUAUGCUAUGUCAGGUGGUGCCAGUGGUUGAUGGGAAUGUAAUAAGAGUACUUGCUAGGUUGAAGGCUAUUUCAGAAAAUCCAAAAGACAAAGUGGCCGUCAUGAAUUUCUGGAAACUAGCAGGUCAACUAGUUGAUCCUUACCGUCCUGGGGAUUUCAACCAGUCUCUGAUGGAACUUGGUGCAACCUUAUGCACUCCAGUGAACCCAAGCUGUUCUUCAUGUCCUGUUUCAGGCCAAUGCCGUGCACUCACAAUCUCCAAGCAGGAUAAGUUAGUUCUGGUCACAGAUUAUCCUGCUAAGAGCAAAAAGUUAAAGCAACGGCAUGAAUUUUCUGCUGUUUGUGUUGUGGAGAUAUCUGGAGGUCAAGACCUGAUUGAGGGAGACCAAUCCAGUAGUGUAUUUCUUCUUGUAAAGAGGCCAGAUGAAGGUUUGCUUGCUGGCCUGUGGGAGUUCCCAUCUGUGAUGCUGGGCAAGGAAGCUGACUUAACCAGAAGGAGAAAAGAAAUGAAUCACUUUCUGAAAAAAUCAUUUAGACUUGACCCACAGAGGACAUGUAGCAUCCUUCUGAGGGAAGAAAUUGGAGAUUUUAUUCACAUUUUCAGUCACAUUCGUCUUAAGCUUUAUGUAGAAUUAUUGGUGGUACAUCUUAAAGGUGACAUGGGUGACUGGUUUAGUAAGCAAGACAGAGAAAAUCUGACCUGGAAAUGUGUGGACUGCAAGACCCUUUCAAGCUUGGGAUUAACGUCUGGAGUAAGAAAGAUCACUGUAACUGGACUUUGUGAACCAAUGAACAGAUAUUUGGGAGGCCUAUGUACUGAUUGCGUCUUCUUUGAUGCAGGUCUACACUAUGGUUCAAAAGUUUAA